CAAAACAAGAAGCCGUUCAGCAGACAAUCCUACAAGUCUGGUCACUACGCACCUGCAGAGCGAACCAACGAUGGCCCUGUGGGUUGCCAAUGCAACAAGCCUGGACACUUCAAGCGCGGCCGCAGUACUAAGCUGAAGGGUGAGCAGGAAAACGACGAGCCACGCCAGUAG